GCAUAAACUAUUUUCACCGUCGUCCGUUGCUCUCGGCAGGUCUGUAGUCGGCACCUGUUCACAUCUCUGUGGCAGUCUCUUUCCGUUUUUUAUUUUUCCUUCUUGUCUACCGGUUUUUAAGGUUCUUUCUUUAAUGGCUUCUUGACGACACGCGUCCAUUCACUCCGGAACCCUGAAUUAAAGAAUAUAAAAUCCAUCGGAGAAAAUCUCGGCGACAUCGUCAGCUCUUAGUAGUGGGAACGACUGAUCUUUAUUUUAUGUUUCAGUCAAAAUCAGUCUUCUUUUAUUUGAAUCCAAGCUCCAUUCAUGGAUUCACUGAGAAGGUCAUUCAAAGCACACUCACACAGCUCCUACAAAAAGAUGUCUCCGGGAGGAUUAGGGCCUGAAUCGCCUUAUGAAAAGCAACCUAUGCUUCCAAUUCCCGAUCACGAAGAAAAUAUGACUCAGUCCGCCGAUAAUGGCCACCGGGAAGAGUUUGUCGUCAAGAUCGACGGCAAUAAUGAGGGUAAGAGCAUGAACAGCGGCAAUGUUCUCCACAGAAAUGAUGUCGAGCACUUUAUGGAGCAUAGCGAGAGUAAGAUAUGGAGGGAAUCCAGUUACGACUUCCGGAAAGGAGGUGAUAUGGUGGGCAUAAAUGGAGACAAUGCUGGCCAAAGCGGUGGGGGCAUGGAUAGUUUCUUCUUUCCGCAGCGUCCGGGGAGUGUGGAGGAUCCUCCGUCUAGAUUGAUUGGGCAGUUCUUACACAAGCAGAAGGCUUCCGGGGAUAUGUCGCUGGAUAUGCAUUUGGAGAUGGAGGAGCUUCGGAAUAGUCUCGAUCGGAACUUACCAACCGUUGCAGAGAGUCCGAGCGUUUCUGUCCAAGGGGUUUCCAGGAAUCACAUCGAGAUUUCUCCCGAAAUCGUCCGGCGAGUGCACGGGAACGAUACAUCCGAUGAGGAGAAGCAGCACAAAAAUCAAAUGCCACCACGGUCUUCAAAUGUAGACGCUCACGAUGGUGGUGGUGGUGGAAGAAGUGGGGUCGUAAGAUGUACGUCAAAUUCUGCAUUCCGGCCAACUUCAGGCUUGUUGAGGACUAGGACAAAGUCGAGACUGAUGGAUCCUAUGGAAGAACCACAACGAAAAUCUGCUAAAAAUACAGUAAAAUCUGGGAUGCUGAAAGCUGGCAAGUCGGGUAUGGUCGAGGAGGAGGAAGAAGACCCUUUCUUAGAAGACAUUCCUGAGGAACUCAGAAAAGCGAAGCUCAGCGCAUUAAGACUACUUGAAUGGGUGAGUCUCAUUUUGAUCAUCGCUACCUUUGUUGCCAGUCUUAUAGUUCAUAGUUUAAAGAAGAAGCUUGUCUGGAACCUCCAUCUAUGGAAAUGGGAGGUUUUGAUUCUGGUUCUUAUCUGCGGACGGUUAGUCUCUGACUGGACAAUACGGAUUGCUGUCUUCUUCAUUGAGCGCAAUUUCAUGUUGCGGAAGAGGGUUCUGUAUUUUGUUUAUGGGGUGAAGAAGGCUUUCCAGAAUUGCAUUUGGUUGGGUCUGGUUUUGAUUGUUUGGUAUGCCAUGUUGGAUAAGAGGGUGAGGCACGAUAGCAAUGCCAAUAUCUUAACGUAUGUUACCAAGAUUUUGGUCUGUCUCUUGGUGAGUACCGCGAUAUGGUUGGUAAAGACCCUCCUCGUUAAGGUCCUUGCAUCGUCAUUCCAUGUGAACGCCUAUUUUGAUCGGAUUCAGGAUUCAUUGUUCAAUCAAUACGUGAUCCAGACACUCUCUGGAGCCCCUUUGAUUGAAAUUCAGCACACACAAGAAGAGAAUGAAAGGUGUAUGGCUGAGGUUCGGCAACUGCAGAAUGCCGGAGCAACCAUGCCAGCAGAUCUUCGAGAAGCUGCUUGCCCCUCAGUUAAGGGUGGGAGGGUGAUAGGGAGUGGAGGACUACAGAGGAGUCCUAGAGUCACCAAGAGCCCUAGGUUUUCUGGGCCAAUUAGCAAGCAACAAGAUGAGGGGAUCACAAUUGAUCACCUGCACAAACUGAACCAAAAGAAUAUCUCUGCUUGGAACAUGAAGAGAUUGAUGAAUAUCAUUCGUCAUGGAAUCACAUCCACACUGGAUGAGCGGAUAUUAGAUUCUAGUCAUGAAACUGAGUCAUCAAAUACCCAGAUCAAAAGUGAAUUUGAGGCAAAAGUUGUCGCAAAGAAGAUCUUCCGCAAUGUGGCUAAACCCAGGUCUAAGUACAUCUACCAAGAGGAUUUGAUGCGUUUCAUGAGAGAAGAUGAAGCUGUCAAAACGAUGAGCCUUUUUGAAGGAGCAAAAGAUAACAAGAGAAUCAGCAAGUUUUCUCUCAAGAACUGGGUGGUUAAUGCAUUCAGAGAAAGGAGAGCCCUUGCUUUGACAUUGAACGAUACAAAAACAGCCGUAAACAAACUUCACCAUAUAUUAAACAUCAUUGUGGGAAUCAUCAUCACCAUCAUCUGGCUUCUUAUAUUGGGAAUUGCCACAACUCAUUUCCUUGUCUUCAUUAGCUCGCAACUCCUACUAGUGGUGUUCAUUUUUGGGAACACUUGCAAGACUACAUUUGAAGCAAUCAUUUUCUUAUUUGCAAUACACCCAUUUGAUGUGGGUGAUCGGUGUGAAGUAGAGGGAGUUCAGGUGGUAGUAGAGGAGAUGAACAUCUUGUCUACGGUGUUUCUAAGGUAUGACAACCUGAGGAUCACAUACCCGAACAGUGUUCUUGCUACUAUGCCCAUUAGUAACUACUACCGCAGUCCUGACAUGGGAGAUGCCAUUGAUUUCUGCAUCCAUGUUUCGACUCCAGUUGAGAAGAUUGCUAUCAUGAAACAAAGAAUAAUAAAGUAUACCGAGAUGAAGGAGGACCAUUGGUGUCCAGGUGCAAUGGUUGUGCUAAGGGAUGUUGAAGACAUGAACAGAUUGAAGAUAUCAGUCUGGUUAUCACACCGAAUGAAUUUUCAAGACAUGGGGGAAAGGUUUGUGAGGAGAGAUCGCUUGGUAGAGGAGAUUAUGAAAGUUCUCAAGGAGCUUGACAUCGAAUACCGAAUGCUACCUGUUGAUGUCAAUGUUCGAAAUAUGCCAGCUAUAAACUCCACACGCCUUCCAUCUAAUUGGACUACUUGCGCUAACUAAAGCAAACUAAUCUUGCAGAAGCGGUUUACCUAAUAUUGAUUCUCUUUACGACUAUAGAUUCAAUGUUCUUGACAACCAAAGAGGAGUGAGAGAUCAAGCUAUAUGAGGGCAGAUAGAGGAAGGCAUUUGAGACCCUGAUGAGGAUGUGAAGAGUAUGUGAGAUUGUGAUGUAAUAUUUGUUAUAUUCAUAGGAAUCUAGUCUUUCCAGCCCAUUAUAUGGCUGGUAAAACAAUAUUAGAAUCCCUGAACGUGAUCCGAGAUGUAGUAUUUGGUGAAUUUUCUUGAUAUAUUUUGCCUUUCCUGGAUAUAUAAAAAAAAAAAUCUAAAAGUA